UCUCUCCCUCUCUCUCUCUCUCUGUCAGUGUGAUCAAUUUCUUGACUUCCUUGUUUUGGAGUGGCUGAGCUGAAUACCAGAACACAGGAUAUGCCUCACACUGCUCUCAGUUUCACAGCAGCAGCAGCAGCAGCAGCAGCAGCAGCGGCGGCGGCAGCAGAGGCGGUGCUGGUCGUGGUGGUGCUGGUGGUGGUGGAGGUGGCGGCGGCAGCUGUGAGGACGACACACUCUGCAGUCAAGAUGAGUGCCGGGGAUGAGGUCUGCACCGGCUGGCUCAUUAAAUCCCCGCCGGAGAAGAAACUAAAGAGAUUUGCAUGGAGGAAACGCUGGUUUGUCCUCCGGAGAGGCCGCAUGAGCGGCAACCCAGACGUGCUGGAAUACUAUCAAAGCAAGAACUCCAAGAAGCCGAUCCGCACCAUCGACCUGAAGGAGUGCGAGGUGGAGAUGCUGAACGGGCAGCUCCGGAUAAAGCGCGACUUCCACGGGAAGCUCCUCUUCGUAGUGAAAACCUCGUCACGCAUCUUUUACCUGGUGGCCAAAACAGAGGAGGAGAUGAACGUCUGGAUCAGCAGCAUCAGUCAGAUCUGUCAGUUUGGGAAUCUGGAAGAUACAGCAGAGAGCUCAGACGACGGGUUCCCCCACACGCCUGUCUCCCUUCAGCCGUCACCCGACAGCUCCGACCGAGCGUCUGUGUCGAGUCAGCCCGAUGCGAGCCAUCCGCUGGACUACCUCUUCCUCUCGCAGUGCGAGACGGGGAGCGUGAGCACCAUUAGACACGACAGCUUCUCAAACUCGGAGAUCUCUCUGGAGCAGAGGUCAUCAGACGACGCAGUCAAGGACAUCUGUGUUGAUUCCUCCUCAUCCUCCAUUUCCCAUGCGAAUGUCAGUCCCUCUCAGUUCCGCCAUGGGAGGCUGGCCCACCCUCCCUUCAGCGCUCCGUGCAUCUCCAUAGCCCUGCCGUCAUCCUCGUCCUCUCCUCUCCGCCACUGCGCCACAAGUGUCUUCCAGUUCGACAAACUGUACUCGUCGGCGCCGUUCGAGGUGUCGGCCGACGGACAGACGCCUCCUCCGCUGCCACCCAAACCGAAUCACCUGUCAGACUCACUGAGUGACGAGGGAGCUCACAGGCCCAGGGCAAUGUCCGCAAGGCAUUUCGCCAGCAACACCGCACUAUUUCCACGGAGGACCUCUAUGUCGAGCCUGGACCAUUUCAGGAUCGGGGAUGCCAGCAGCAGAUUGGUGAGGAACAGGAGGCAGAGUGUUAAUCUGCCUUGUUUAAAUACCACACAAGUUCAAAGCUACAAGGAUGACUCAUACGUCCCCAUGGCUUCCCCUUCACCCUCCGUUACAACCGUUGAAUGUGACGGCUACAUCCCCAUGAGCCCUGCGAAAUUCAGCUUCCUUGGUACGAACGCCUCUGCCGAGUCCUCCUCAUCUCUCGGCUCGCUGAUGUGUCAAACUGGAGAUGUCGAACCGCCGCCGAUUAACCGGCACCUCAAGCCGUGCUUGAGGAGAGCUCGACCUCCACCUCUUGACCUCAGUGGCCUUUCUACCAUCACAGAGUAUCCCACUCAUCUUCUUGUGAACAGAGCAUUGACCGAAUCAUGUUUUUCAAUGAACUGUUCACCUCCGGAGAGAAAACUGGAGAAUGGGGACAGUUCAAGAGAUGAAGCCACAAACUGCUCUGCAAUGGAAUCAAGGCAACUGCUUGGUCUCACCUUAGAUGGAGUCGUGCAGCCCUGGAUGAAGAGCUCAAACCUUGACUAUUUGUCACUGGAUUUCAAUUCUGCAUCCCCUUCACCUGUACAGAAGAAACCUUUUCUGUCUGAUGAGCACAGAGUGGAUUAUGUGAAGGUGGAUGAGAAGAAGACUCAGGCACUUCAGAACACCAGAAUGGAGUGGACAGACGUCCGGCAGUCCAAAACAUGAAUGGAAAGCACAGUAUUAAACAAAAAAAAAAGUCAGGAAUAUUUGGUUGUGAGAAGACCAACAAUAAAAUAAAAAAAGCAUUACAGAGGACCCAUAUGAAGAGGACCAAAAGAAGCACUUUUAGAAGCAGAACUGAAAUAAACUUGCAAGAAUUUUGAAGCAAUUUUAUGCUCGUUGCAUUAAGGAAACACAAAAUUGCACUGGUAUCACUAAGUUAAAUCUCUGUGGAACUGAACUGUAAAUACUGCCUUGAUCAUGCACUGUUCACUGUGGAUUUUCUGUAGCAUUCUACUGAAUUUUGAAAAGGCCAUCUCAUUGUUCCAUUGUACAAAAGAUGCUGUAAAUGUAUGUAUGAUACGAAUAAAGUUUCUACUAAAAACAUUUUAAAUAAUGCU